UUAAAAUUUUGUGGAAUCUUUGCACGUCCUCUUUGUAUCCUGUCUGCUUAUUUAAUAAAAUUUUCAAGAAUUUCUCAGUGCGCGUAUUUUGUUUGUUAUUUUGCUGCGUUUACAGCUCUGAUUUAACGUUUCGCACCCAAAUCUAACGUAACGAAUCAAACAGUGGACGAAACGAGUGUGGCUAAAGUUGGGAAUCGAAUUUCUUUCCACGAAGAGCACUGUCAGCAGAAAUCCUGCACGCCACACGUAUUCCCUUCGUCAGCUCCAAUGACCUGAUAGCGCAACGUGUCGACGACGAUCGUUCUUCCAGAUGAUCCUGCUAGUGUGACCGGAAAUGCUGCAAACGUUGGCCCUGCGAUGGUUCCGUCGGUACAAAGUGUUCUUCCUGAUUGGGCUGUUGAUUGUGGGAGCGCAAAUAUUUCUCGCUUAUAAAUUGUUGAAGAUUCCCGUUUCCGGCACCGAGAGCAACGAGGAACGGGACUUGAGCAAGCGAUUGUACGAAAAGUAUGUUAAAAAGGUAGCCGGAUCGAACCUAUCGGCGGAUGAUGAAGAACCCGGAGGUAAUCAGUUGGAGCAGGGACAUCAGCUGCAACAGCAGCAGCAGCAUGCGAAAGUUCCCGAGAAGGAUGGCCGGGAGGUGCGAAAAGAUUCGGGCAGGACGUUUCUGAAUGUGAACGAGUUGGAGUUUGUGCCGCCGUGUGAUAUCCGGAGUAGGGAAACUAUAUCGGCGGUACAUAGGGCCAAGAGUCAGGCGUGCAAGAAACAGAUCCUGGACAUUGGUUGCGAGAUUCAGAAGGGGACGUUCUAUCCGAGAAGGUUGCCGAAUUUUUGUCCCAAUGGGGAGUUUGUUCCCGAUCGGGAGUUGGGCUGUUUUCAGGAUGAGAAGAACUUCCGUAUUCUGCCAGGGUAUUAUACGAAUUUUAAGACUAAUAAUACGCCCAGGCGGUGCAUUCAGCUGUGCUUGCAGUCCGGGUUUCUGUACGCUGGGGUACAAUAUUCAAGCGAAUGUUUCUGCGGAGAUGAUCCACCGAAGACGUCGGCUAAAUUGCCAGAUUCCAGUUGCAAUAUGAAAUGUUCCGGAGACCCGAAGCAGGCCUGCGGGGGAUAUUUCACUGCAAACGUCUACGAAACCGGAAUUGCAAAAUUCAGCCCACAGACGACGGAGGUAACGAUGAAAGCCGGUCAAGAGCCUGUGCGAAUCGUAUUUUUGCUAACUUUAAACGGCCGAGUCCUGAGGCAGGUUAACCGAUUGUUGAAAACGUUGUACAGUCCUAGACACUAUUACUUUAUACAUAUCGAUUCUCGCCAAGAAUACCUCUAUCGAGAGUUGCUCAAGCUGGAGCAACACUUCCCUAACAUUCGAGUGUCUCGCAAUCGUUGGUCCACAAUCUGGGGCGGUGCGUCGUUGCUGCAGAUGCUUAUGGGGUGCAUGGAGUACUUGCUGAAGGAAGCCCCUGACUGGAAGUGGGACUUUGUGCUCAAUCUAAGUGAGAGUGACUUCCCGGUGAAAACUUUGGACAAGUUAGUUCGUUUCCUGGGGGCAAAUCGAGGGAAGAAUUUUGUGCGAAGUCACGGUCGCGAAGUGCAACGGUUCAUUCAAAAGCAGGGCCUAGAUCGGACGUUCGUCGAGUGUGAUAAUCAUAUGUGGCGCAUAGGCGAUCGAGUACUGCCCUCGGGGAUUCAGAUCGACGGGGGCAGCGACUGGAUAUGCUUGUCGCGAGAUUUUGCACGAUAUGUGACGGAGGGCAGAAAUGAGGAUCCACUCGUUUCCGGAUUGUUGGUUAUUUUUAGACAAACAAUACUGCCAGCGGAGUCGUUUUUCCACACGGUUCUGCGCAAUUCCGAGUUUUGCAAUACGUACGUGGACAAUAAUUUACACGUUACCAACUGGAAGCGGAGGCUGGGCUGCAAGUGUCAGUACAAACAGAUUGUGGAUUGGUGUGGGUGCAGUCCGAACGAUUUCAAACCGGAAGAUUGGACCAAACUGCAGGGAACUGAAGCCAAGCAGUUCUAUUUUGCCAGAAAGUUCGAGCCCAUCAUCAACCAGGAAGUGAUCCUGCAGCUGGAGGAAUGGGUAAAUGGCCCGUACCCGGCAGACUACCCAAAUCUGCAUUCGUACUGGCAAAAUUUCUUCCACUAUGAGGACAAAGCUAUGUCCGUUGAUGGAGCUCUGCUAAAUGUAGCUCACAGCAUCGUGCGAAUCAACGCCAAAGCGAAGUUAAGUCAGUUCCAGGAACCAUUUCGGAUACGAGAGCUGAAUCACCAUCUAGACCAUGAUCACUACCGGGGGUUCUUGAUCCUAUACGAGGCUAUGCUGGAAGGCGAGAGUGCACUUUUGGAAACCCGUGCGCAGCCCACCUUUUCCGCUCAAGUAUCGAAAUCAGCCGCACUUGGCCGCCGGAUAACACAACUGGAGGUCAGUACCGAUUUCGAUCAGAAGGAACAGGUCUCUCGCAAUUUCCAACGUGUCAUCGAUGACAACGCUGAGCUGAACUUGAUUUUCCGCUUGGCUGGAUUACGCGUGGAAAAGAACACAACAAGUUACCCGUUGACCGUACUGUGGCUGGAUCCCCGAGGAGAGUUGGCCGAUACCAACGAAAUCACCAUCGAGGACACCCCUUCCGGUCCACCGGAGAACUUGGUUCAUUUCACCAAGGCAGCGAAUCUGAAACUGCCUCUGCUGCCGGGUAUUUGGACUGCCAAGUUGGUGCACAAGAAGGUCCUCUUGGGGGUCACCCGUUUCUUGGUUAUCAAAAGUACACUCAUCGGGGCGGUAGAUGUUGCGGAUGCAAAUCAGACAACCAAAGAGCAACAACUGCAAGAACGGGAGCAGCUAGAUAGGUUAGUGCAGCAAUUUUUUAACAUUAAGGAAACUUGUUGGGUGGGGAGAACGGCACAGGGGAUGCCAGAGGCUCGACCUGAGGGAUUGGCGGAAUGCCGGGGCACAAGUUGGAGCAGUUACGCGCCUGAUCCAAAGAGCGACAUCUACGCAGUGGCCGGUAGGCAUCCCGUGGGAAUGGGUUUUCUGUGAGAAGUGUGCAUUUAGUUUUUAUCGGUAGAAAGUUUCUUCUGUUACGCAUGAUUUUUGUCUGUUUUGUGUUAUCAGUGUAGGAAGAAUAUGAGGAACAAAAAGAAAUUGUGUUAGUGCCAUCUGUUUUUUUUUACGAUGAGCUCGAACCGAUUUGAUACUUCAGUUGCAAUCAUCCAUGGAGCUUAGGUACUUUCUUAGCAUUUCUAAUUAAGUCAAUGUGAUCAAUUCCAAAAAUGUCGCUGCAGGGAGUCCUGCUAAUCCUGAGGAUUUCGAAGCCAGCCUCGAGCAAAGAAAGCAGCUAAACAAUCCAUCACGUACAUCAAUAUUGAGAACUUCCUUAACAAUUUUAAUCCGUUUUUUGAAUGACCUUCUUUUAUGUUUGCAUUGCAAUUGUGGUAAAAAUUGGUUCUCAAGCUUAUCUAGAGAGUUAAACUCAAUUUUUAAAUCCACUUCAUAGAUAACCGGGUUUGUUUAAUUAUUUUAAUGUUUUUAAAAUACGGUUAAAGUGUUAUUUUAGUAUCAACGAAGAAGCUAUCUACUCAUGUUUCAAGGAAGGAAGGAAGCAAGGAAAGAAGAAAAUGUUUUAUAGAUAGAGCUAUUAGUCGAUAAGAUCUCGCAGAGUGAUAAAAUGUUAUACCAAAAAAAAAAGAAACUUCUAAGAAUUACAAAGAGAGAA